AUGGCGCGUGAUCCAUCUAUAAGGAAUCUUGUGAAGACAGUCACUAUCCGCAGCGCUGGGGCCCUGGGUCCGUUUUCCCUGUGUCUAGCCCGUAAGCUUUCGCAGGUGGAAACACUGGAGUUUGUAGGAAAGCGUUGGCCGCUAGUCGAGUGGAAACCUAUCCUCUUCCACGUGGACCUGUUCGCGCACAUGAACGCGACGUUCGAAACUGUCACUCAUCUCUCACUAUUCCACGUCGAAUUCGCUUCUGUAGUCAUCUUCGGCCGGCUGCUCUCCGCCCUUCCUCGUCUUGUCACCCUCGUGUGUCGUCGAAUAUACUUCAAGACAUGUACCGUUAUCCUAGGCGCUGCGCGGCCGCCCAAGAAUCUCAUUCGUUUGAAACUGGAAGACGGUAGUGGCGUCGUCGACUAUCUAGAUGCCAUUUCUUCGGCCAUCCAUCUGGUAGACUUGACAGUUUGGUUCGAAGACGAAAGUGAGGUCAGACAGUGUAAUCGAAUGCUCCAGGUUGCAGGAACGUCGUUGUCCAGCCUCCACAUUGACACUAAUGGCCUACGAGGGCAAGCAUCCGACAUCAAACUUAUGCAGAACGUCAAUCUUCAGGUGUUUGUGCUCACAGUCAGCACCCGUGCGCAGUUCGUUGGCUGGCUGAGUGCCAUCGGAUCUGGGAUGCUUCCACGACAGCUUCGUGAGAUCAGGAUCUUGCUCUCGGAAUUGAAUCCACGCACGGAUCCUAAAGACCUUCUUGCGUCUAAUGGCGGAAACUUUUACGGGCGAAUUGAUGACCUGUUGACAGGCCCCAGCUAUCUCAACCUUAAUCUCGUUUCUGUUGAGCUCCGGCCUGCUAUCUAUCUUACGCGGAGGGAGUACACGAAGCAUGUUCCGACCCAAGAUGAGUGGUGGAACUGCCUUUCUUCACGGUUUCCACAAUUGUGCGCACAAGGGAUUCUUCGGUUAGCAACUCUUCUCUGGUCAACCUUGAAUGGAUAG